AUGCUUGAAACGUGUAAGAUUUGUGUCCAAAUACAGCAGCUCUCAGCAUUAGAGAGGCAGAUCUUUGACUUCCUCGGCUUCCAAUGGGCGCCCAUCCUUGGAAAUUUUCUACAUAUAAUAGUCGUCAUAUUGGGUUUGUUUGGAACCAUUCAGUACAGACCUCGAUAUAUCGUGGUGUAUACAGUAUGGACUGCCCUCUGGGUCACCUGGAAUGUGUUCAUUAUCUGCUUCUAUUUGGAAGUAGGUGGGCUCUCUAAGGAUACAGAUCUAAUGACAUUCAACAUCUCUGUACACCGGUCGUGGUGGCGGGAACACGGUCCUGGCUGUGUCCGAAGAGUGCUGCCCCCGUCAGCCCACGGCAUGAUGGACGAUUACACGUAUGUCUCCGUCACCGGCUGCAUCGUCGACUUCCAGUACCUGGAGGUCAUCCACAGUGCCGUCCAAAUACUACUCUCUUUGGUUGGUUUUGUGUAUGCCUGUUAUGUGAUCAGUAUUUUCAUGGAAGAAGAGGACACCUUUGAUUUCAUAGGUGGACUUGACGCACACUCCUACUACCAGGAUCAUGUUGAGUUAAAGCCUGUUCAUCUGUAAGUAAAGGUCGAAAUAAGUAAUGACGCUGACUCUGAAAUGCGGCUGCUGAACUUGACUUAG